AUGGCUCCGAGCCUACGAGACCUCCAGUUGACCGCGCUCUCCGGCCACCGCCGGCCGGAGGCCAUCUCGGCGAGGGAGGACUCCGGCGACCUCGAGGACGUCCGCCUCCUCGACUCCUACGACGAGGCGGCGGCGGCGGCGGAGGGGAGGGGAGGGGAUGAGAAGGGGGCGAGGAGAAUCCAGGUGAGGGUCACGGGGAUGACCUGCUCCGCCUGCACGAAUUCCGUCGAGGCCGCCAUCAACGCCCUCCCGGGUGUCGCGAGGGCAUCUGUCUCCUUGCUCCAGAACAAGGCCCAUGUCGUCUUCGAUCCCAAUCUCGUCAAGGAUGAAGAUAUAAAAGAUGCUAUUGAAGAUGCAGGAUUUGAAGCUGACAUUCUGCCAGAUUCUAAUAAUACCAUGUCAAGACCGCAAAAGGUAUUGUCGGGGCAAUUUAGGAUAGGGGGCAUGACUUGUGCAGCCUGUGUAAACUCUGUUGAAGGGAUUUUGAGAAAGCUACCUGGUGUAAAAAGAGCAGUUGUUGCCUUGGCAACCUCCUUGGGGGAGGUUGAGUACGAUCCAUCAGUCAUAAGUAAAGAUGAAAUUGCUCAUGCAAUUGAGGAUGCUGGUUUUGAUGCUACAUUUCUACAAAGCAGUGACCAAGAUCGAAUUUUGUUAGGUGUAGAUAGUUUGACUACUGAGACAGAUGUACAUGUUUUACAAGGAAUACUUAGUAACAUGAAGGGGGUGAGGCAGUUUGAGGUAAAUAUUUCCCUUUCAGAAGUAGAGAUUAUCUUUGAUCCUCAAGCUGUUGGUCUGAGACAUAUGGUUGAUACCGUUGAGAGAGAAAGUAUUGGGAGAUUGAAAGCGCAUGUCCGGAACCCAUAUGCCCGAGCAGCUUCAAGUGAUGCACAAGAAGCCUCAAAAAUGCUUCGGCUUUUCCUCUCCAGUCUCUUUCUCAGUAUUCCUGUCUUUUUCAUACGGAUGGCAUGUCCCCACAUACCUUUAAUAAAUUCUAUCAUGCUCAUGCAUUGUGGGCCAUUUUUGAUGAGAGAUUUGUUGAAGUGGGUACUGGUAAGUAUUGUUCAGUUUAUUGUUGGCAAGCGUUUCUAUGUAGCUGCUUAUAGAGCACUGCGACAUGGAUCUACAAACAUGGAUGUAUUGGUUGUUUUGGGGACUUCUGCUUCUUACUUUUACUCCGUCGGUGCGCUUCUAUAUGGUGCAUUUUCUGGGUUCUGGCCCCCAAUAUAUUUUGAGACAAGUGCAAUGAUAAUUACCUUUGUGUUAUUUGGAAAGUAUUUAGAAGUUGUUGCAAAAGGAAAGACAUCAGAUGCUAUCAAGAAGUUAGUUGAACUUGCUCCUGCAACAGCUCUUUUGAUGGUGAAAGAUGCAGAAGGAAGAUCCGUUGUAGAGAGAGAGAUAGAUGCACUGUUAAUUCAACCGGGUGAUGUCCUAAAAGUUCUUCCUGGUUCAAAGGUCCCAUCUGAUGGCAUUGUAGUUUGGGGUACAAGUCAUGUUGAUGAAAGUAUGGUAACUGGUGAAUCUGUUCCAGUCCCAAAGGAAAUAUCUUCAGUGGUUAUUGGAGGCACCAUAAAUUUACAUGGUGUCCUUCAUAUACAAGCCACCAAGGUGGGGUCUAACACAGUUUUGAGCCAGAUAAUUUCUCUGGUUGAGACAGCCCAGAUGUCUAAAGCUCCUAUUCAGAAAUUCGCAGACUAUGUUGCCAGCAUUUUUGUUCCUAUUGUUAUCACCAUGUCCUUGUUGACAUUCUUUGGAUGGUUCCUCUGUGGGUUGCUGGGAGCAUAUCCAGAUUCAUGGGUCACAGAAAGUAGCAAUUGUUUCAUUUUCUCCCUCAUGUUUUCAAUAUCAGUGGUGGUGAUUGCAUGUCCAUGUGCCCUUGGUCUGGCAACCCCGACUGCUGUUAUGGUAGCUACAGGUGUGGGUGCAACUCAUGGGGUCCUAAUAAAAGGAGGUGAUGCUUUGGAAAAAGCUCAGAGUGUGCGGUAUGUGAUCUUUGAUAAAACGGGCACCCUUACUCAAGGGAAAGCGGCUGUCACAACUGCAAAAGUUUUUGCAGAAAUGGAACUUGGGGAUUUUCUUACUUUGGUUGCAUCUGCUGAGGCCAGCAGUGAACACCCUCUUGCUAGAGCAAUCUUAGAUCAUGCAUACCAUUAUCAUUUCUUUGGUAAGCUUCCGACAGCCAAACAUUCUGCAAACCAGAGCAAAGAAAUAUUAUCUGAAUGGCUUCUUGAAGCUGUGGACUUCUCUGCUGUGCCUGGGAGAGGUGUGCGGUGCUUGAUAAAUGGAAAAAGGACUCUGGUUGGCAACCGGAGUCUGUUAGCUGAAAAUGGGGUUAUUGUUCCUACUGAAGCUGAAAACUUUUUAGUGGACUUGGAAGGGAAUGCUAAAACAGGUAUUCUUGUGGCAUAUGAUGGUACCUUCAUUGGAGUGUUGGGGAUAGCUGAUCCCUUGAAAAGAGAAGCAGCAGUUGUGGUUGAAGGCCUGAAGAAGACAGGCGUCUGUCCAGUCAUGGUAACAGGGGAUAACUGGAGGACAGCACAAGCUGUUGCAAAAGAGGUUGGCAUUGAAGAUGUGAGAGCUGAGGUAAUGCCUGCUGGGAAAGCUGAUGUUAUACGCUCCUUCCAAAAGGAUGGAAGUAUGGUUGCGAUGGUUGGUGAUGGCAUCAAUGACUCCCCUGCCCUUGCAGCUGCUGAUAUCGGAAUGGCAAUUGGUGCAGGAACCGAUAUUGCCAUCGAAGCUGCAGACUAUGUGUUGGUGAAGAACAACCUUGAGGAUGUCAUAACAGCCAUCGAUCUCUCGAGGAAGACAUUUGCACGUAUACGUUGGAACUACUUCUUUGCAAUGGCCUACAAUAUUGUCGCCAUCCCAGUUGCAGCCGGAGUUCUUUUCCCCUUCACAGGGCUUAAGAUGCCACCAUGGUUGGCUGGUGCUUGCAUGGCUUUCUCAUCUGUGAGCGUCGUCUGCUCUUCUUUGCUUCUGAGAAGGUAUAGGAAGCCCAGGCUGACCACCAUAUUGCAAAUAACUGUAGAAUAACAAUGAAAUAUUUGUAUUUUUACGCUUUUAGCACAAAAGGAAAUGGAAAAAGGAAAUUGUGGUGUUUUGUCUUCU